AUGCUGCAGCCUGAUGCCGAUCGAGGCCAUGCGGAGCGUGCUGUGGAGCCCGUCACCGGCCAGCGCAAUCUGGAUGAGAUGCGGCGUCUCCUGCAACAGCGGCAAGCACUGCCCCGAGAAACGGAAGCCCGAGAGUCCCGCGAGCCUGUGGAACUGCCACCGGCGACUGCACCGGAGCUGCAGGAGCAGUUCAUCCGCUUGACGCAAGAGAAGCGAGAGUUGAAGGACUAUGCAGAGCGUGUGACCCGCGAAUUGCGGCGGUAUCAGCAGAACAGCAAGCGUCCUCUGCCAGAGGCCGGACCUGAGGAUGACAUUCCCUUGCCGCCCUGGGUCACGAACAUGCAGAUGAUGUCGCCCCUGCUCUUCGCUUACGAGGAGCGCAUCUCCGAGCUGGAGGCCGUUAUCGAGAGGUCCGUGAGCAUCGCCGAGCAGGCGCAGCUUUUGGCCCAGGAGAACGAUCAGCUGCGUGCUGAGCUGCACGAGCGCACCGAGCAGCUACGCAAUCUGCAGCUGCUGGGCUACAGUGGCGGCGGGGCUCCUGGAGAAGCCGGACUCGUGGAUGAUCAACACGAAGAGCUCCAGGAGUUGUACCGGCUCAGCGUAGAGCAAAACGAGGCUUUGGCUCAACAAAAUCAGCUGCUAAAGCUGCAGCUUGAACGGAUGCAACAGACACUUGCAGCAGGACGGCAGCAAGCCCAGGAGGUUUAUGUGAAAGCUAGCGAGAACACGAAUGCCUUGGCGGAGGAGGUGCAAAGGGGAGAAGCCUUGGCCCAUCAACGGGCUGUUGCCGAGCAGCGCUUGGAAGAGGUCACAGCAGAGCUUGUCGAUCAAGUCAGUCGCAGGGAUGCUCUGGAGGCAGAGAUGGAGUCCUUGAGGCAUGAGCUCGAGGUACAGACCCAAACCAAUGAAAUCAAUCAGAAGUCCUUUCAGGAGAGAUGUGCUUUGGCACUGGACGAGGAAGAGCGGCUAAAAGCCGACCUCGCCCGAACGCAGAAGCGUGAAGGCGAGUAUCGCCGCCAGGCGCUGGAAGCACGGAACGGCCUGGACGAGAGGGCAGAGGAGCUGCACCUGACACGGAAGGAGCUCGAAGCCACCAAGCAGGAGGCUCAGCAACUCUUGCAGACUGCCGACACCAUGGAUCGGCAGCUGGUUGACAUCCGCCAGGCACACGAGGACAAGGUCGCGCAGCUCAAGGACCGCGAGGCACGAUUGAUGGAGCUUCAGAUCGAGAAGGACCGGCUGAAAAGCACGGAAGAGGCCAGCAGAAAGCAGGCCGAGCGCUUGGAGGCUCGUUUGCGGGAAGAGAUCAGCGCCAUCAAGCGCGAGAAGGAGCAGGAGCUUCAGACGUUGAAGAGCUCUCAGCAGAAGAUGCUUGAAGACCUGCGGAAGAAGCUUCGGAACAGUGAGCAGACAUCCUCGGAGGCCACGGCAAAGGCCGAGAAGCUCGAGAAGCAGCAGGAAUGGCAGGCAUCUGCAUUAGAGAGACAAAGUGCCGCCUACAAGGACGAACACGAGCGUCUGCAGAGUGACUACCAGAACUCUCAGGAAGGCCGCCGAAAGCUCGAGCAGCAGCUGGCAGAAGUAACGCAGCAACUCGCGAAGCUGCGGAGCAGCCAUGAUGCUUCCGCAAAGGAUGCAAAAGAGAGCCUUGCAAGGGCUGCUGCGGACCAGGCCAGCCUUCAGUCCCAGCUCCAGGCCGUUGAACAACGGCUGAGCCAGGUGCAGUCGGAGCUGCAGCUAACUUCCUCUCGAGCCCUGGCUGCAGAGGAAGGCCUUUCGAAAGCCCAGCUUGAACUCCAGGAGGCGCGGCUCAAAGCAAACAACGAGGUGGAGCAAGCAAAGCGUCAGGCUGAGGCCGACUUCCGGCGCCUCACACGCCAAAUGAAAGCCCUGCAGUCCAGAGCUCAAGACGAAGAGCAAAGAGCAUCGCAGCUCCUCCGAGCACAGGAAGCACUGAGAUUGCAAUGGCAGUCCGAACUGGGCAUGGAGCGUGAGGAGCUGGAGUCGCAGGUGGAAAGACUGCGACGAGAAAACGCAGCCAUCCGUGGCAGGGUAAAGCACGGCUUCCAGACGCUCGUCUCUGGCCCUGAAUUAGUCACCCGCGUCCCCUUGAGCUGA